AUGGAAAAUGUUAGCAUUACCUUUGAACUUAGCCUGGAUCCCUUUUUUAUUCCAGAUGGGGCAAGGUAUCCCAUAUUUUUCUUUGGGCUAGUGAUAUACCUGUUUUGUAUAUCUUGCAACCUGACUCUGCUUGGACUCAUUAUAGCGAGGAGAAACCUUCACAAGCCAAUGUAUUUCAUUUUGUUCAGUCUACCAUUUAAUGACCUUGUAGGGAUCACUGCAAUGCUACCCAAAGUCCUGUCGGAUAUCUUAACAGAUAGACAUACAGUUUAUUAUCCUCUGUGUGUUCUUCAAGGCUUUUUACUUCACAUGUAUGGUGGCGGAGUUCUUUUCAUCUUAGCAGCAAUGGCCUUUGAUCGAUAUAUUGCGAUUUGUUCUCCAUUACGGUACAAUUCACUCAUGACACCCAGAGUGGUGGUAGCAAUUAUUGCAAUUGUUUGGGCUCUGGAUUUUGUUUUCAUAUUUACAAUAUUUGUACUCCAGGCCAGGCUACCUCGAUGCAAAUCUAAACUGAUGAACGUGUUCUGUGACAAUCCCUCACUUCUCAAGAUGACAUGUGGUAAUACUUUUAUUAACAACAUUACUGGCUUGUUUAACACUGCUCUCAUGCAAAUAAUAAGUAUAUCUGUCCAAGUGGUCUCCUAUGUCAAGAUAUUGAUUGCUUGUCUGGUUACAAGGCAAAAUGAAGCAAGAAGCAAGGCUAUCAACACCUGUGUGGCACAACUGGUUAUAUUCUUCACUUUUGAACUCACAAGUACUUUUACAAUUUUAUCACAUAGGUUUCAAAAUGUUUCACCUGAUUUACAGAAGAUUAUGGGUAUGCUGAUUUUUCUUGUUCCUCCUAUUCUGAACCCUAUCGUGUAUGGACUGAACUCAUAUGAAAUUCGACGUACCCUCUUUGGUAGUCACACAAAAGUGUCUAUAUAAAACUGUAGCCCAUUCUGCAAUCUUUUUUAUGUAUAUAGUAUACUCCUGUCUCUAGUGCAGUGACUGUUGUACAAAUCUAUACGGGUUCUUUCAAAAUAAAAUAAUGACCAUAUGUUUCAUAAGAUGACCUGAACUGUACUGGGAGAACACAAACCUUGGCCUCUUUAGUCCAUGCAUCAGCCCUCUACCAAGUUCCAUAAAAAUCAUAGGCCUGGUCAUUUCUGGAUAACCUUACUAUCAAACAAAGAAACAGAAUUUAAAGCAUAGCAUCCUUCAUGGCAGUAAUAUUGCACAUCCACUGAUCUAGAUUUCUCUCAUUUGUAGUGUGAUGUUAGUGAAAAGUACCCUACUAUAUGUGACAUUAUUGUUAAUAAUGUUUUAUACUAAUACUAAUCUGAAUGUUUU